AGGUGCGGGUGGGUUGUUGGGUGGCGAUAAAGUGGAUGGCUUCGGGGCGUUGUUAGAGCCCGGGAGGAAGGGGGGAAGGUGAGGGAAUGGCGAUGGAGUCGAACAUGCCGAGUUCGUCGGCUCUGGGCAGGCACGCGAUUUCUUUCCAGGCCGGCGCGCUGAACACGACGUCGGAGAUGGUGCCGAUGAUGGGGGGCAGUUACUUCGGGGUCAACGGCACGGGCGGGGGGAUGGUCUUUUCUGCUGGGAAUUCCGCUACCCUGGGCAACAGUUUGGGGUUGGCUCAGGCGGGGAAUUCGUCGAGCUCCCUCCUCCUGGAUUAUGUCCCGGGGCUCAAGCAUGAUGCGGAUUUGGCUGUGGAGUGGUCUGCUGAAGAACAGGAUAAACUAAACGAGGGCCUUAGGAGAUACGCUGAUGAGCCUAACAUAAUGAAGUAUAUCAAAAUAGCGGCCACGCUGCAGGACAAAACUGUGCGGGAUGUUGCUCUGAGAUGUAGAUGGAUGACGAGGAAGCGAAGGAAACCUGAAGAACACAAUCUAGGCAAAAAGGUGAACAGCCGAAAGGAUAAGCUGGUGGAAUUGUCUGCAACUAAUUCUUCAUGUCUACCACAAAAUAUGGCUGCCUAUACUCCUAUGAAUCGGCAUAUGGACCAGAAUGAGCUUCUAUCUUGUGAGGGGAUUGAUGGCACUUCUAGGCAGCUCUUAAAGCAAAAUGCACAAGCAUUCAACCAAAUCUCUACGAAUCUUCAUAUGCUCAAGUUACAGGAGAACCUUGACCUCUUCUAUCGUACGAGGAACAAUAUAUCUUCUAUCCUGGAAAACAUGAGAGAUACGCCUGGUAUAAUGAGCCAGAUGCCACCACUACCUGUAUCCAUUGAUGAGGAUCUUGCAAAUACUAUAUUGCCCAAUAUUAGUCAGUCAAUCAUGUUUGGCUCGCAUGGAAGGAUCCCAUUGAAGCAGGAGCCAAGGUGCUAAGGGGGGCUGAUUGAAAUUCAAUUGCAUAUACAAGAUUUGUGAAGUACAGAACAAUUCUGCCGUAUAACACAAGAUGCUGUUGCUGAACAUUCUUCCUUCUGUAGAGCUGAGCGUCUAGCAAUUGCCAAAAAGUUCAGAGAUCGCAUUUUUGGAAUUAGAACCUCCACCUCUCAAAAUAGUGAAAUCAUAAGCAUGACGAUAGAAGCGCAGAACAUGCGUUAUCUACUUAUCUUGAAAAAGGAGGUUUCUUGACAAAACUCCCUUUCCUCGGUGAAGCUCUAGUUUAAGUGCAUUGUGUAUAAAUCAUAGACAUCUACUUUGUAUUACUGUCUCAGUGCCUGAUUGUAACUUAUAUCUAAGUCAAUACUCAGGUUAUGCCACCGAUCUUAUACAUUGUCAGCAUCCAUGUUAUGAUUCUUCGAUGUA